AUAUCAGAAUUAUCUACUAUUUCUACUAGCUCGACACUGAACUCUCUCCCCUAAACCCCUUUCCAAGAUUUUGUGGGGGUUUUGUAGAAUCUUUAUGGGAUGGCAUCAAUUUCUUUCACACAGUUUUCUUUGAUACCCAGGUUAUGCAGGUGGCAAUCGAAAGGGAAUUCCCCUUGUAUAAACUUAUGGAAAAUUCAAGAUUUUGGAUUAAAGGGAAAUAUAGUUAUGGCAGUCUCUAGGAGUAAAACAACCGGUUCUUCACCUGAACCUGAAUCGGAUGGAGAAGCGGUAGUUGUCGAGAAAAAGACUCGAAAAACUACUAAGCGAGCUUCUACAAGAACCAAAAAAGUAGUGGAGAUUCCAGAUGAAGUUUCUGCAGUCACUGACAGUGUUGGAGAUGAAGCAUUGCUCAAACCUGCAGAUUCAGCUGAGGAUUCGAAGAAAACCAAGCCUAGAACUCGAAAAAAAGCUACAUCGACAUCCAAGGCGUUGGAAGAAGAUGGUGGGACUAAGAAGCCGACAAGGCAGAGAAGGCGCAGCAAGAAGGCUGAUGUCGCAGAUAGUCUAGGUAGUGAGACAGAAUUGAGUGAUGGUGAGGGGGAGACGUUUAUCUCGACUUUGGAUGAAGACAGUGAAGAGGAGCUAGAGCUUGACAUAGAUGAUGGGGAGGAUAUAAGCUUCACCUACGGAUGGCCGCCUCUAGUUUGUUGUUUUGGUGCAGCUCAACACGCAUUUGUCCCAGCAGGAAGGCGGGCCAACAGACUCAUCGACUAUGAGUUCCACGAGAGCAAGAAGGACGUCCUGUGGGAGCCGGAGAAGUUUGUUAGGGCUUCUGGAGGAUCUGCAAGUAAUGUUGCAGUAGCUCUUGCAAGUUUGGGGGGUAAGGUCGCCUUCAUGGGAAAACUGGGGGAUGAUGCGUUUGGCCAGUCUUUGUUGCAUUUUCUCAACAGCAACAGAGUGCAAACGAGAUCAGUACGCAUAGAUGAUAGUAGGGAGACGGCUGUUUCACGCAUGAAGGUUGUUAAGAGGGGUGGCUUGAGGAUGACUAGCUCCAAGCCGUGCGCUGAGGAUUGUUUGUCGCAGUCUGAGAUCAAUGUUGAUGUGUUGAAAGAGGCAAAAAUGUUUUACUUCAAUGCAUCCAGUCUCCUUGACCGGAACACGAGAUCCACAGCACUACGAGCUAUCAAGAUCUCUAAGAAGCUUGGAAGUGUAAUAUUUUUCGAUCUCAACCUUCCAUUGCCACUCUGGCAAUCUAGUGAAGAAACCAAGAUAUUCAUACAGAGAGCUUGGAAUCUUGCUGAUAUCAUUGAGGUCACGAAGCAAGAGCUUGAAUUUCUCUGUGGGAUAAUACCAUCAGAAAAAUUUGAUACCAAAGACAACUGCAAGUCUAAGUUCACUCAUUAUUCUCCAGAAGUCGUAUCUCAGCUCUGGCAUGAUGGUCUCAAGAUUCUGUUUGUAACGAAUGGGACUUCCAAGAUACAUUACUAUACCAAGGAGCACAAUGGUGCUGUUCUUGGAAUGGAGGAUGCGCCUGUUACUCCAUACACCUCCGACAUGUCUGCAUCAGGAGAUGGCAUUGUUGCAGGUUUGAUGAGAAUGUUGACCGUUCAGCCACAUCUCAUAUCGGAUAAAGGCUACUUGGAGCGCUCGAUCAAGUAUGCCAUCAGCUGUGGUGUGAUAGACCAAUGGCUACAAGCACGAGCCCUAGGCUACCCCGCGAAAGAAGGCAUGGAGGAUGUUGAGUCGGAUCCCCACGGCAUAAGAUCAAUCACGGAGAAGGAAUAUAGAACUUUAAUUCCUUCGAGUUCAUGAGUUAAUGUUAUUCUGCAUCCACAUUUGCCAACUGAGUUCUUGGCCUCCUUCAACGUCUUUCUAGGGCUAUAUUUUGCCAUCUAUCUUGUUCGAUUACCAAGUGUUUGGAAGAAAAGAUUGUUGACACGACGCGAUACAGCAGACAUAGAAAGGUGAGAGUCUUGUUAGAGUGGUUGCUGCAGUGUUCAUGUGUUUGAUUGUAAAAUUUUGUGUAAUAGAUGGAAUGUAAGUUUUGGAUAGUGAGACAUUUUUCCACAGUUAAAGUGUUUUCUUCUUUUUACA